GUCAUCGUUAAGAUAAAACUAGAAGUCGUGGCGCCGCCCCCUGGACUGCCAGAGCUAUGAUAUCAGUGAAACGGCCAAGUGUUUCAAGCCACCCUAGUGCUCACCACCACCACCACCACCAUCAUCAUCAUCAUCAUCAUCAUCAACCGCAUCUCCACCAUCAUCACCACAAACAGCACCACCAGCUGCACAGUCUCCAGAACGGAGCAUCCAGCGCUGGUUCGGUUACUUCGGCACCGUUGGUAACUACGACUUCGGCCAACAACAAUCGCCUCAUCCGAAGUCGAAAUCAAUUAUCCACCGGUAGUGAACAGCACGACAGCAGCAAACAACAGUCCCAAAACCAGUGGAAUCCUCAGGCAGCAGGAGGUGGUGGUGGUGGAGGCUUUGUGUCCAAUGGUGGUCUAGGGAUAGGCACGUUCGGUGGCGUUGCUGGUGGGCAGGUGAAUCGUCCCACCGGGGCAGCGUCGUGGACCGGUACGGGAAGUGGCUGUUCGAUCAUUACGAAUGGUGGCAGUCUGUACUAUAGCAGCAGCAAUGGUGGCUACGGUGUAAGCACGGCCACCGUAAAUCCCAAGAUACGAGACAUCUACGAGUUUGACAGUUUGUUCUUGCUGCCCGCGUGUGCCUUAACGUCGGACAAGGCGUUAAAUCUUCGCAAGGAUCUUGCCGCGUACGAUUUCGACAUAAAAAUCCUGGAGGACAGUCCACGGGGAUCUCAUAACGUUUGGCAAUCUGGAAACAGAGAUGCGACCGUACAAAAACAGUCAAGGCCGUCUUCAGCCAAUAGAGACCGUCAGCAUGAACAGUCCGUUGCGCAUACUCUUCAUUGGUUUGCUUGCGUCGGCGAAGAUAGCGUCGAUAACGGUAGAAACCCAGAAGAAUUGCAAAAGGAACGUGAGGAACGAAUAAAACAGAUGAAGGAACGACAGAACGAAGAACGCCAGAAGAAGCUCGAAGAGCUAAAGGCACAAGCACUGGCGGCACAAAAGUUCCGCGAGCAAAAGGAGGAAGAACGACGCCGCCGGAUGGACGAUCUGCGGAGGCGAGAAAGCGAUCGACGGUCACAGGUCGAGGAGCGACGCCGCGCCAUCAUCGAGGCCGAUAACGAGCGGCGAGAGUACAUACUGCGCAAGAACCAGGAGCGCGAACAGCGCAUGGAGACAAAGCGACGCAAUGAUCGAGGUUCGAUCCAGUUCGCUUUCGGUUCGUCGACGCCACGGAUGAUCGAUACCAGUGACAGUGGCAUGUGCAGCUCGUUCUGGGCUCAUAGGAGAGCCACAUCUAUUACGAACGUAGCAUAUACAGGGGCGGCAUUAACGAGGCGCAGUUCCGAGCGUGAACUCACCGACAGUGCGUCGAAGAAGCGAGCUACCUCCGCCAGUGGUCUCGACCGAUCGACCGACGACCAACGGCGAAUGUCCAGCUCGAUGUACGAGGUGUUCAACUGGACGAGCACCAGCGAGUGCCCUAGAAAGCUAACGUUCUCGCUCGCUGGUUCCGGCAUCAACAUCGACGAUCCUCCGACGGCCGCCGAAUAUCAACCGGCAGCUGCGCGUAAUUAUGCUAGCGGAAAGGACGAUACAGCAGAAAUGAACUAUCAGCGCACUGUCAAUCGUCGAAAGACCGAUCUAAUGCCUACCAUUCCUAGUCCUCGUGAUAGCUCUAGAUCGUCUCUCGGUACACACACUCCCAGAACACCAGGCCGAGCGUUUUCGAUGACACGCUUGGAUCAGCUGGCACAACCACGGCGGCGCAACGGUGAGCACAUCAGCGCCAUACUGGAACGCGAACGACGCCAGGCACUGGAGCUUGAGAAUCUGACCCGUCUGUCACUGUCCUCGUCGCGAUCUUCGCCAACCGGCAGCGGUGGCAACAGCAAGCGUAUGUCGCGCAGCAUGUCCCAACUGGCCGGUAGUGGGGCCAAGUAUAGGAACCAAUCGCAAGAAUCAAAUUCGGGCCGCAGUCCCGGCUUUGGGGGCGGUGGUGGUGGUCGUAAAUCAUCGUUCAAUUCGUCCUCGAUGAACAGUGGCAACACUUCGCCCAUGCGUCGCAACGAUACAUCCAAGAGUAUGUCCCAGCUGAACACGGUUGGUGGCACAACGCGCAUCACCAAAACCGAGCGUCUCCGGCAGCAGUACCACCAGCAACAUCAGCAACAGCAGCAACAACAGCUGCAGAGUCAGCUACUGGUGACGAACGGUCUCCGUUCCGGCGAAAUGACGCCUACCAGUCUGAACACUUCGCGGCCCGGAAGUGCAAUGUCCAGCUCGACGACCGCGUCCGGUAUCGUGUAUCGACGAACCCUGCCAGCACAACGUAAACCACGACCGGCCAGUAUCGCCGUUACCGGCGUUACUGCCACUGGUUUGAAGGAAGAUAAGCCUCCACUUCCAAAGACAGGAUCGGGUGCUUCGACCGGCAGCGGUGUAACAAGCGCCAGCAGCAAACAUCGACUAUCGAGUGCUGGGUCCGGCAGCAUCAACACGACCCCUGCAAAAUCAUCGUCCGGCAUGGAAACGCCAACGAAGAAACCGUUGUCGCUACACUCGGCGGAUAAACGAACCGCAAGCGUGCGUGGCAGCACACCGAAAGCUUCCUCGACGCCACUACAAUCUCCCGGACCGGAGAAAGCAUCACGCAGCUUGCAGGAUUCGUUGAAGAAGGCGGCGGACGUCGGUAAGAAGGCACCCGCCAGCAACGAAAAACCCGCAUCAAAGGCUCCAGUUCCAAAGGAAGAGGUGCUUGCGGUGGAAAUAAAACAGGAUGCACCAGCUGCUCCGAAGAUGGAAGAACAAGUCGUCGAACCGGAAAAGGUUGUAGUGAUACGAGAUGAAUCUUCACAGCAAGCUUCACUGGUAGAGGUGGAUCAAUCGUUCGGACAAGAAGAGCAGCCUCAACAGCAGCAGGAGGAAGUUGUGGUACCGGUACAGCAAGAAGUUCCGGCACCAGUGCAGACCGAAAGUGUUGAGGUUCCGCCGCAGCAAGCCGAAGUUGUUCCCGUUAAGGUAGAUCCAACACCACCGGUGGAGGAGGUGGCGAUGGAACCACAAGACAUUAGCAUUGUUCAACCCGAACCCACAAUGCUUCCGGAGGAAGAAACGGUCGAAGUCAUCAACGGAGGACUAACCGUUGACGUGUCCGGUGGCGUUGCUGAUGCAAUGACUGCUUCUAUGAUCGCCAAGCGUAUCACUACCGAGGAGGAAGCAAAGGCUGCCCUGGCCGAACGUCGUCGUCUAGCACGCGAAGAAGCCGAACGGCAGGCCGAACUGGAACGCAAGCGUAUCGAGGCCGAAGAGCAAGCCGAACGGCAGCGUGUCCUGGAGGAGGAGGAACGCUUGCGCAAGCUGGAAGAGGAAACGAUCCGGUUGGCCGAAGAGCAGCGCCGAAUGGAAGAGGAACGCCUGCAGCAAGCCAUCGAGGAAGCACGUCGCCGGGACGAAGAGGAACGCAAACGGCGUGAGGAGGAAGCACGGCAAAAGGCUGAACGUGAGGAGGCGGAGCGGAAGGCGCGCGAAGAAGCGGAACGACAGCGGGUCGAGAUGGCCGAACGGUUGAAGAAGGAGGAAAAGGAGCGCGAGGAACGCCGGAAGCGCGUUGAAGCAAUCAUGUCCCGCACCAGAGCAAAGGGAACGGCUAACAAUACGCCGACAAAGAAUAAUGAAGACGACAAGGAAAAUGCCAUGUCCAAGAGUCAGAUUGUACUUUCGUCCACGCCGGCUGCCCUACCUACCGGUACUGCCAUGUCCGCAUCUACCAUAUCGAUGACCGAUUCGUUUAUUGCGUCCGAAAUACGGCAAGAACAGGCCCAGCAGCAACAGCACCAGUCACUGGAACAGGCCAUGGAGUCGCUGUCGCUGAGCAACAACAAUAACAACAACAACAAUGGCAGCAAUAGUAGUAGUAGCAGCGAAACCCUAGCCCAUAGUAGCACCAUUAACAACACCAUCAACAACAACAACAACAACAAUGGUGGCAGCAACAUUCAGUUCGAAAAGUCGUCCGUUACCGUGGUGGCGAACAACAAUCUCAACAACGGUAGCACCAGCAACGGUACCAGCACCGCACCGGUGGUCGAAUCGAUCAGCGCGGACGGCACGAACGGUGACACGAUCGUACUAACGACGAACGGCAAAGCGGAACAACAGUCGCCGAUGAUGACGACCAGCAAUGGCAGCAGUGCCACAGCCAACAGCACCUCGGACCUAAUCAUCGAGGAUGCGCUGAUGGGCCAAACUAACGGACACAAGAACGGCACCAUGGACAAUGUGUUUGCUGUGAAUGAUUCAAUGAAGCAGACUACUGUUCCGAUGGAUGAUUUGAACGUUUUCCACAUCCCAAAAAAUGGUGAUCAUCACCUAAAUGGCGCUGGUGAUAACCAUCCCUUCCUAGCUGACCCUAACGCACCCUCGGCUGAACAACAACAUUCUUCGUUCGAAUCGUCCAGCACGGCUUCAACUGUGACGACAGAAACUACCAUUGUUACGGCGGGCGAUGGUGCAAACGGUAGCAGCAAUGCUGAUCCAUUGAUCGACUUCGCUAGCUUUUCCACGAGUGAUGAUCAUCCGGGUGUUGUUGGAAGUGAUGCUAACUUCAAUCCACUUGCUCCCCUCGUUGAUGUGCAUAAUGCAUCCAACAGUACCAACAACAAUAGUAUUAACCCGUUCUUCUCGAACAACUAUCCUGUACAUGAUGAUGCGAACGGAUCCGGCAACGUCCACCAUCACCCGACGGAGGCGAUCCUGUUCGAUCUAGCCUUUGAUAACACUAGCAACGGUGGCACCAACACCAGCAGUACCUUUUUUAACAUCAACAAUAACAAUACACCACCCAACACCACCACCACCUCCACCAACCCGUCGUCGUGGCUAGUUUCGGCGACAUCCGACGGUCAAGAGAAUCGAGACUUGUCGCUCUUGUGAACGAGUAA